AUGAAUGAGCGACGCUCUUGUCCUCAUCACCAGCAGAAGUUCGAAGAUAAAUUUCGCAUCUUAGAAGAUGAAUUGAAGCGUAAAGGCGAACCGUCUAACGCGCUCAGAAAUGAAAUCAUUCCAUCAACUUCAACGAUGGAACAAUCGGUUAGUCAUAAUCCAUCUCAACGUUCAACGAUGAUUACUAAUUCAAAUUGGAUUACACUUACAAAGGAUCGCGAAAUAGCCAAAUUGAAAGCACUGAUUUUCCAAAAAGAUAACGAGCUGAUCGAAUUGACAACAUUAAACAAAAACGCGUUGAUACAAAUGGAAGCACGAAUGGAGCGAGAAAGGAAAAUCUGGAACGAACAUAAAGAACUUUUCUUAGCCGGUGAACGAGCCAAAUUCGAAGAGGAGAAAACGCGUUUUCUCAAAGAUGCACAAGAUCAAUUGAAGCUCGAACAAGAGCGUUGUCAACGUUUGGAACAAAAAUUGUAUACAGUUCAGAUGCAAUCGAGUGAAGCCCAAUUGAUGCUGAAAGAAAGCGCUCGCGAACAUAUUAAUUCUGUGUACAAUAUGAAAGAACAAUGUCGCAAAGAAUUUCUCGAUGAAAUAUCUCGACUACGAAAUCAAUUUCAAUUGGAUCGGGAGAAAGAGUACACUCGUUUACAAGAACGUAUCCAUGAAUUGGAAACAACUGUCGAUCAGCUUUCCAAGGAAAAUAUGGAGAUAUCAACACGUAGCCGCGAAUUGAUGUUGACUUUGGAAGUGUCAGAGAAGACUUGUGUGCGGUCGCUGUAUGAUUGUAUUAAAAAAUUACUUAUGGUAAUGGAAAGUCCAUCGCAGACAUAUACGAGCAUUCCAACGGUUACUUCGUUUACAUAUGACCGAGAAUCAUUGAUUGAGCGAUUGCCAACGCGAAACGUUCUGAAAUUCCUUCAAAAUAAAAUUGACGAUGUUCGGAAAUAUCUCGACGAACAAAAAGAAUCAGAAAAACCGAAAUUGUUAAUUGAUCGAGCUGAUGACAAUAUAAAAUCUGUUCAGUAUCAAAAGAGUGACGAGCUAUCGAAUGAUGCUUAUUGUUUGAGUAUCGCUCGGACAUGUCCAAUAGCAGAAGAUCAUCAUUCUUCCCAUCCAUUUCAAUUCUCUCAACAGCAAAGUGAUACAAUUGACAAUCUUGUACAAAAAUUAGAGAAUCAUAUCGCAUGUGAACUUGACCGUCUAACAAAGCAACGAUUAGCAGUAAGCAGCUCCAAUGAUCGAAAAAAUUCAAUGAAAUCGCAUCCUUCCAAACUACCGAAAAAGAUAAAAUCCGAUCCAAUUUGCCUGGACACGACUGGUGAAUUUCAAUAUGAUGAAUCUUUGUACCAACCAUCAAAACUUUCUUCACAUCUUGAAAUACCCAAUCAUCAUUUCUGUUCUUCGAUGUAUUUAGAUAAAAAUCCAAUAACUGACUGA